CAGCCCCAGCGGGAGCGGCGGCUCCUCCCGGCCGCGCUGCCCGAGCUGCCGCAGCCGCUGCCCUGCUCCUGCUGCCCUCGGAGAUGUGAGCUGUGAGCAGCUGCCUCAGAGGAAUUGUCCAGGCAGAGCCUGAAGGAAUCCAGGAUCACAGCACUCCCCAGGUACUCCUGUCUCCUCUGCCUAUGGAUGCUGCUGGCACCAAGGACACAGCUCCUCUCCCAACACCCACCUCUGUGGAAAUAAAAAUCCCCAAGCAGCCCAACACGUUUUCCGCCAGGACUGCAAACCAUGACUGAACGCCCAAGGCCUGGACGCCCACUCCACUUCUCCCUCACCAAAAAGAUGUCCAACAACACAACAGAGGCCUCCAGCAGCGCUCCCCGAGCCCUCCUAGGCCUGUUCCUGGGCAGCAUCUCCCUGAUCACCAUUGUCAUGAACAUCCUGGUGCUGUGUGCCGUGAGGACGGAGAAGAAGCUGCAGACCGUGGGUAAUUUAUACAUCGUGAGCCUCUCCAUCGCCGACCUGAUCGUGGGGGCGGCCGUCAUGCCCCUCAACAUCGUGGACCUGCUGAGCCCCCAGUGGCCCCUGGGGCUGGCGGCCUGCUUGUUCUGGCUCUCCAUGGAUUACGUGGCCAGCACGGCCUCCAUUUUCAACCUCUUCAUCCUGUGCAUGGACCGGUACCGCUCGGUGCAGCAGCCGCUCCGGUACCUCAAGUACCGCACCAAGAUGAGGGCCUCGCUGCUCAUCCUGGGGGUCUGGCUGCUCUCCUUCACCUGGCUCAUCCCCAUCCUGGGCUGGCACGUCUUUGCCAACAACGGGCACAGGAAGGUGCAGGGGAGCAAGUGUGAGACGGAGUUCUUCGAGGUGACCUGGUUCAAAGUGCUGGCGGCCAUCCUCAACUUCUACCUGCCCUCGCUGCUGAUGCUGUGGUUCUACUGCAGAAUCUUCAGCACUGUUCGGAAGCACUGCCAGCACAGAGAGCUCAGCAAUGGCUCCUACUGGUCCUCCGCGGAAAAAGCCACCACUCCUCAGACCAAGACGAAGGAUGGGAAAAAUAUCUGCCUCCGGGAGCAAGUCGUAGGUGGGAACACCCCCGGUGCAGAAAAGAAAAGCUCUCCAGAGCCCCAUAAAGUGGAGGCAGAGCUUUGUUUCAGCCAUCCUGACAGGGCUUCAAAGGCCCUGAGUAAUGGGAAAGUCCUGAACUGGAGCUGCUUCUCUCUCAGCACAGCCAAGGCUGAGCCUGGCGUGGAUAAAGCAGGGAAGAGGGGGGUGUGUGCCACGGAAAACCCUGGGAAUGAGGAGCAGCCUGGCUGCCAGGACAGUGACUCCAGCGGGGCAUCAGACCACCACACCUUCACUGAGGUGCCAGAGCCCAGCCCCACAGGAGCCUCCUGUCCUCAGGGGAGGACGGAGCGCAGGGACUCGAGGGGAAUGGCAUUCCUGAGGAAAACCUGGCACACCCUGCACGGGCACUCCAGGAGCAUCCACUGGCAUGGGAACAGGGAGAGGAAGGCAGCCAGGCAGCUGGGGGUGAUCAUGGCAGCCUUCAUGCUCUGCUGGAUCCCCUACUUCGUGCUCUUCAUGGUGAUAACCUUCCACGACCACAAGCAGCUCUCAGAGCUGCACAGGGCCACCAUAUGGCUGGGCUACAUCAACUCCACCUUGAACCCGUUCCUCUACCCUCUCUGCAACCAGAAUUUCAAGAAGACUUUUAAAAAGAUCCUUCACAUUCAUUGAUGCUGGUCUGGGGUUUUGGAGCUCAAGUGCAGCUCAGGAUUUUGACCAAACAAAAUGUUCUGGUUCCAAAGGAUGGGUACAGUGAAAGACUUUGGCAAACUGUAAUCUGUAAAAGUGGGAAAUGUGCAUUAAAUAGUUUUAACACAUUUAAAAAGCAACUUCAGGUCAAGAAUCUGAAAAACUCAAGGUCAGUACAUGAACUGUUACGCUGUUGUCAACUUUUACCAUUUGAGACCACCACUUCCAUCACAGAAACCUCCUCAGUGAUUAUAAAUUAUUCAGCUACACAAAAGGAAGAAAUCACAUUUCUGUCAUUGGCCAAAACCAUUUUUCUCUUUCAACUUACUCCAUGAAACACAUUGCUUGUGAAGUGAGACUUGCAAGUGGAGGUACUUUGCACAGUCAAAGAAAGAACUUGCACCUGUUUAAAAAAACUCCCCUAUUUAUUUAUAGCUUCCUCCAAAGCGCAAACUUUUCAUAAAAUGUUAAGUUUUACUGUGUAUCCUACUGUAUCUCUUUGAUAUCAUGCUUAUAUUAACUGUACAUUAACUUUGCUGGGAAAAAAGGUAGAUUUUUUUAUGUCCCAAAAGAGUUCCCAUGCUCAAUAUACUGUCAUCAUCUGUUCCAGAAGGGUGGGUUGCUGUUUCUAGACUUGCAGAAUUUAGUUGAUUAUACAUGAAAUAUGUUUACCUUUUCUAUCCUUUAUAUUUAAUUGUAUUUUAAAAAUCUUGCUGCCAAAUAUUUCAGGAGAAAAACAAAAUAAUUUAAUAUUUGGUAUUGGAAAAGAGACCAAGAAGAUGUUGAAGCACAACUGAAAGCUGGGCUGGCUUUGAUGUUUCAAAGAAAAAAGAAAUUCCUCUCAUUCAUUUUGUUAUGCUGCUGAAUUUCCCACAUUCUGAACAGUUUCUUAAUUGCAUUUAAAGGAUUCAAUAUUAAAUGAAGCCCUAAUAUAUCUGCAUUUUACUACAUUGGGGAAAUGUGCUAAAGGAAUAAACCUGAAUUCAGGCUGCAUCAGUGUAUCAUGCAAGGUUCAGAUAUUAAUUGACUUUGGAUUCAAGUUGCACUCAGGAAAAACUGCAAUUAGGAAACUUAAAUCUAGGAGAAAUAAGGCAAAAUGCAGAGAGAGAACAUAAAACCAAAAAAAUUCUUUGCAGAAUUCAGACAACUUUUUCACUGCAGGAGGAACACCUGCACAAGAAGUGAAAUGCACCUUUUUGGAGUAGAGAACAGAACCUUUUGAAACACAUUCUCUAAUCCAUGGCCUUCCACAAACAAUUGCUGAGGUUCACAGCCAUUAAAUUGUUUUUUUCCUCUAUUCUGAUUUGCAGCAGCAAUUCUGGCCAGAAUGGAUGGUAAUUUAGAUGAUCCCUGAGGAAAUAAAAGUCAGCCACAGUUAUAAGUGCUGAAAAACUCAUUUACCUAUGGGCUGCUGAGAGUUAUCAAGAAAUCUGUCCUGUUGCUCAUGAAAAUUGCCUUUCCUGACCUUAAAAUGCACUAAUACAUGACAAAACUUCAGCAAGAUCAUUGAAAAUUGGUCUAAAAAUGAUGGUGACUGUA